CUUGCCAAAAUUAGCAAAAGGAAAACAUUUCAGCUGUUGCGUUCUUAGAGCAGUGACAAAAUUUCGUUGAUUUUCGUCGGAGUUUCUGAUAACUACGAUAGGUGUAGUUGCGUUUUAACGAGUGGAAAAUCGGUUUUCCCCAGUUGCUACGGGGUUAUUCAAGUUGCCUAACAUCGAUUUUCCCGGUUAACCUCACUUUGCAGCACGUGUAAUUUUUCUCCUACCGAGUUUAAUUCUUAUUUAUAGCCAAGAUGGGCGACUCAUGUGAUCUCUCACUUGAAGAUGGAAUGUCUGCAGAAGAGAUGAUUUCCAAAGGAAAUGGCUUGACUUAUAAUGAUUUCAUCAUAUUGCCUGGUUUCAUCGAUUUCUCACCAGAUCAGGUUGAACUGACAUCGCCUUUGACCAGAAAAAUUACUUUGAAAACACCUUUGGUUUCUUCACCGAUGGACACAGUGACAGAGGCAGAUAUGGCAAUUGCUAUGGCGCUUUGUGGAGGUAUCGGAAUCAUACAUCACAACUGCCUUCCAACCUACCAGGCAAACGAAGUGUCGAAGGUGAAGAAAUACAAACAUGGAUUCAUUCACGACCCAGUAGUUUUAUGCCCUACCAACACGGUUGCAGACGUACUUAAAGUAAAGAAAGAGAAAGGUUUCUGUGGUAUACCCAUAACGCAGGAUGGAAAACUUGGGGGCAAACUGGUUGGAAUAGUGACAUCACGAGAUAUCGAUUUUGUAGAUGAAGAAAACGGAGAUGGAAUAAAGCUAGAAACUAUUAUGACAAAACUGGACAAUUUGGUAACAGCACAAGCCGGUGUCACCCUAUCUGAAGCCAAUGCCAUAUUGGAGAAAAGCAAGAAAGGAAAAUUACCUAUAGUAAACUCUCAGGGAAACUUGGUGGCCCUGAUGGCCAGGACUGAUUUAAAAAAGGCCAGGAGUUAUCCUAUUGCUUCGAAGGAUGACAACAAACAAUUGAUAGUCGGCGCUGCUAUUGGUACGAGAGAAGAAGACAAACAAAGGUUGAGUCUGUUGGUACAUGCUGGAGUAGAUGUUGUCGUAUUGGACUCUUCUCAAGGGAAUUCAACUUAUCAAAUUGAAAUGAUUAAAUACAUAAGGAAAACAUAUCCCAAUUUACAAAUUAUUGGUGGAAAUGUUGUCACUGUUAAACAAGCAAAAAAUCUCAUUGAAGCCGGAGUAGAUGCAUUGAGGGUAGGGAUGGGAAGUGGAAGUAUCUGCAUUACCCAAGAAGUUAUGGCUGUGGGAAGACCUCAAGCAACAGCAGUUUAUAAAGUUUCCCAAUAUGCCAGGCAGUUUGGAAUUCCUGUAAUAGCAGAUGGAGGAAUCGCCUCUAUUGGACACAUAAUUAAGGCUCUUUCCCUAGGGGCAUCUACAGUCAUGAUGGGCUCUUUGCUGGCUGGUACAUCAGAAGCACCUGGCGAAUAUUUCUUCUCUGAUGGAGUUAGGCUUAAAAAGUACCGAGGUAUGGGAAGUAUUGAAGCAAUGGACAGGAGAGAUGCAAUGGGUUCAGCAAUGAACAGAUACUUCCAUAAUGAAGUUGAUAAGAUGAAAGUAGCCCAAGGGGUUAGCGGUAGUAUUGUGGAUAAAGGUUCAGUUCUCAGAUUCGUUCCUUAUCUCCAGUGCGGUAUCAGACACAGUUGCCAAGAUAUUGGUACGAGAUCAUUGCAUAGUCUGAGAAAAAUGAUGUACGAUAAAGAACUGCGAUUCGAGCUGAGGACAGAAUCAGCUCAAAUGGAGGGUAAUGUACACGGAUUGUUCUCUUAUGAAAAGAGAUUAUUCUGAAGAAUAAACAUUCCAUAAGACUU